GGCGGGGUCCACGGAGAGCACGCACGCCGGCUCUGGGAUCUCCGCCCUCGGUUCCCCUCCUGGCGUGCGGCUAGGCGUGGAGAUGCCCACCCGUGGGGUGCGAGCCGACGAUCGCGCCGCGCCGGUGCCCGCCCACACGUCGGCUGCACACACCGAGGCCCUUAGCAGCAAGAUUAAAGAACAAAAAAUUCUUGUGGAUGAACUUUCUAACCUGAAGAAGAAUCGGAAAGUAUACAAGCAGCAACAGAACAGCAAUGUAUUCUUCCUUGCAGAUCGAACAAAAAUGUUUUCCGAAAGCAAAAAUACUUUAGAUGAACUAAGAAAAGAAUACCAAGCAUUAGAAUACUCAGAGACAACCAGAGUCAAGAAGUAGUCACCGUGACUUCACAGAACCAUGUGUGGCAUUUGCUGUUGUGUAGGCUUCUCUGUUGAGCACUUCAGG